CGCGCAGGCGCGCGAGGCACAGCGGGCGCGCGGGCCGGCCCCGGGGCCUCCAUGAUGGAGGAGCGAGCGGCAGCCGCGGUCGCCGCCGCCGCCUCCUCCUGCCGCCCGCUGGGCUCCGGCGCGGGCCCCGGCCCGACGGGGGCGGCCCCGCCCGUUGCCCCUGCCCCGGGGCCCGGCCCGGCUGGUAAGGGAGGCGGCGGCGGAGGCAGCCCCGGGCCUACGGCGGGGCCUGAGCCCCUGAGCCUGCCCGGGAUCCUGCACUUUAUCCAGCACGAGUGGGCGCGCUUCGAAGCGGAGAAGGCCCGCUGGGAGGCCGAGCGCGCCGAGUUGCAGGCUCAGGUGGCUUUCCUCCAGGGAGAACGGAAAGGGCAAGAGAAUCUCAAGACGGACCUGGUGCGGCGGAUCAAGAUGUUGGAAUACGCGCUGAAGCAGGAAAGGGCCAAAUACCAUAAAUUGAAGUUUGGGACGGACCUGAACCCAGGGGAGAAGAAAUCAGAACCGGCAGAACAAGUCUCCAAUGGCCCUGUGGAGUCGGUCACCCUGGAGAAUAGCCCGCUGGUGUGGAAGGAGGGGCGGCAGCUUCUCCGACAGUACCUGGAAGAGGUGGGCUACACGGACACCAUCCUGGACAUGCGCUCCAAACGCGUGCGCUCCCUCCUGGGCCGCUCGUUGGAGCUCAACGGGGCCGUGGAGCCCAGCGAAGGGGGGCCCAGGGCCACGCCAGGUCCCGGGGGGCUCAGCGGUGGGGAGUCACUGCUGGUGAAACAGAUCGAAGAGCAGAUCAAGAGGAAUGCGGCCAGCAAAGAUGGCAAAGAGCGCAUGAGUGGCUCGGUGCUGGAGCAGAUCCCCUUCCUGCAGAACUGCGAGGACGAGGACAGCGACGAGGACGAUGAGCUGGACGGCACGCAGCACAGGAAGCCGCGGGUGAAGCUGCCCUCCAAGGCCCUGGUGCCUGAGAUGGAGGACGAGGAUGAGGAGGAUGACUCUGAAGACGCCAUCAAUGAGUUCGAUUUCUUGGGCUCAGGAGAGGAGGGGGAGGGCUCCCCGGACCCUCGACGGUGCACUGGAGAGGGGACCCACCACGAGCUGGAAAGCCGGCGGGUCAAACUCCAGGGCAUUUUGGCCGACCUUCGGGAUGUAGAUGGGCUGCCCCCUAAAGUGACUGGUCCCCCUCCUGGCACACCCCAGCCCCGGCCACACGAAGGUUCCUUUGGCUUCUCCUCAGACGUUUUCAUCAUGGACACUAUCGGGGGCGGGGAGGUGAGCCUGGGGGACUUGGCAGAUCUCACCGUUACCAACGACAACGACCUCAGCUGUGAUCUCUCUGACAGCAAAGAUGCCUUUAAGAAGACAUGGAACCCCAAAUUCACUCUCCGCUCACACUACGAUGGCGUGCGCUCCCUGGCUUUCCACCACAGCCAGUCUGCCUUGCUCACCGCUUCUGAGGACGGCACGCUCAAGCUGUGGAACCUGCAAAAGGCUGUCACAGCCAAGAAGAACGCUGCGCUCGAUGUGGAACCUAUCCACGCCUUCCGGGCUCACAGGGGCCCUGUGUUGGCAGUGGCCAUGGGCAGCAACAGUGAGUGCUGCUACAGUGGGGGGGCAGACGCCCGCAUCCACAGCUGGAAGAUUCCAGACCUCAACAUGGACCCCUACGAUGGUUACGACCCAAGCGUGCUGAGCCAUGUCCUGGAGGGCCAUGGGGAUGCUGUAUGGGGCCUAGCCUUCAGUCCUGCCUCCCAGCGCCUGGCCUCCUGCUCUGCCGAUGGCACCAUCCGUAUCUGGGAUCCCAGCAGCAGCCCAGCCUGUCUCUGUACCUUCCUCACAGCCAGCGAUCAUGGGAUCCCCACCUCAGUGGCCUUCACCAGCACCGAGCCUGCCCACAUUGUGGCAUCCUUCCGCUCUGGCGACACCGUCUUGUAUGACCUGGAGGCUGGCAGUGCCCUCCUCUCGCUGGAAUCCCGGGGGAGCAGCGGCCCAACCCAGAUCAACCAGGUGGUGAGUCACCCGAACCAGCCCCUCACCAUCACCGCCCAUGAUGACAGAGGCAUCCGCUUCCUGGACAGCCGGACAGGGAAAUCUGUGCACUCCAUGGUUGCCCACCUGGACGCGGUCACCUGCCUGGCCGUGGACCCCAAUGGUGUGUUCCUGAUGUCGGGAAGCCACGACUGUUCCCUGCGCCUGUGGAGCCUGGACAACAAAACAUGCGUGCAAGAGAUCACAGCCCACCGCAAGAAGCACGAGGAGGCCAUCCACGCUGUCGCCUGCCACCCCAGCAAGGCCCUCAUCGCCAGCGCUGGCGCCGACGCCCUGGCCAAGGUCUUCGUGUGAUGCCCGCCUGGCCCCGCCCUGGCCGCCGCGCUGGCUGGGGAGGGGGCCGGGCAGGUGGCGUUGAGGAGACUCCCAGCCUCCCUGGAGGCCCGGCCUCUUCCCGCCUGCCUGGGAACCUGGUGGUGCUAACGGCCCUUUCCCCAGGAGGCCAUCCCCCACGGCCUGUCCUUCCCCAAGCAUCCAGCCUGGGGAGCAGCCUCCUUCAGGAAUCCCCCUCCAGGAUGGCCUCAGGGAGUUUCUUCUCUGUGCCCUGACGCCCAGUCCUGGUAUCAGAGCUGCCGUCUCGGGUGUAGCACAGCCAAGGCUGGGUGUCCUGGGGGAUCAACUUUUCCAAGAUGCCAGAAGGUGCCAGGUUCUCUCUUUGAACCCCCGACUCCGCUUCUCCAUCUUCCCAGACCUGAGUGGGAGCUGUGCUUGAAGGAGCCCCAGGUGCCACUACUCUGAGUACCCUGGGAAGCCAUGGAAGCUGGCUGGACCCUGGGCUGUCCUCAGGGGGAGUGCCCAGCCUGGCCCACCCCAGAAGCACUCCCAGUCUCCCACCCUCCCCUCCAGUUCCCUCAACACAGCUUUCCAGACACUAUCCAGCGCCUCCAGGGCCAGUAACUGCCUGGGGAAUAGGUGAUGCCCUCAGGGGAGGCGCCUACCCCUACCUCCCCCACCGCUCCCAGCACUCUUCCAGAGGCAGCCCCCUAGCCCCCAUGGGGUCACCCAUGGGGACAGAUGGCCUUCUCUUGCCCCUCCUUGGGGCAUGGAGGCUGGAGGGGGCCCCCGGGUCCCCCACAACUCCCUGUAUAUCUGUAUAAAUAAAUGGGAUGUUAAUGGAGCCCUGCCCCCACCCCCAUGUCGUUAUCACUGUGUGAUAGUCUGUCUCCUCUCCUGGCCCUCCACUUUCUUCCUCUAUUUAUUUCACUCUUUUUUGGGUUCCACCCUGGGCCCUCGGGCCCCCUUCCAGGUUCCUGUUUAUAAGCCCCCAUCCCCCAUGCCCUGGACUUGGAUGUGAGAGUCGUCUCAAUAAACCCUUUGGAGUAA